GAAAAGCAAUUGGCUUGGUUCAGGAAACAGUGAAACAACAACCCAACGUCCUCGGUGGAAAGGAUUGGUUUUUUAAUAAAAAUGGACCGUGUAGGGUUCUCCUCCUCGGAUGACCGCAGACUUUGGCUGGGUAAUCUGGACUGUCGCAUUACUGAGUAUCAACUACUGAAAAUCGUGCAAAAAUACGGGAAAAUUGAAAAGUUCGACAUGCUGUUCCACCGAUCCGGGUCGCUAGCGGGCUACCCGCGGGGCUACGCAUUUGUGACGUACGAAAACCACCGCGAUUCGGAGGCCGCCCUGAACCGACUCGAUGGAAAGCUGAUUGGCGAAAAAACGAUCGUCGUGCGGUGGGCGAAGCAGGUGAACCGCGACGAAGCGGACAGGAACAAACCGAAGCUGGAGAUACCGUGUCUGGCCGGUGGCUCGAAAGGCGGUGCCAAUGGACCCGUCAGUCAGCAGACAAAAAUACAAGCGCUCGAGGCGAAGCUCAAAAUGCUAGAGAGCCGUUCGGACGAUCUGGUGAUCAACCGGACGGCAACGGGCGAGCGGCCCAUCAUCGAGCGCUACCAGUACAACAUCAAUCAACCUCAGCGGCUGGAUCAGAAGAUGAAACGGUCGCACCACUCGGGUGGUGGACGCGGUGGCCAUCGUAGCGGCCCGUACCGGAGUUCAAAUCGACACUAGCGGACACAGCACACGAAACUCAUACUUUUAAUUAUUCUUUAAUAGCGCCACAUGAAAUUACUUUGUUUUAGUGAACUGCCGAAUA